AUGUGCGACUCCUUCGGCUCUGUCGCCACCGGCGGCUUCACCAUCUACCACAACAACUGGGGUGCGGCUCAGGCCACCUCCGGCAGCCAGUGCACCACCUUCACAUCUCUCAAGUCCGGCUCCGUCGCUUGGUCGACCUCCUGGACCUGGGCUGGUGGUCAGGGACAGGUCAAGUCCUACUCCAACGUUGCCCUCGAGAAGGUCAACAAGCAGCUCUCUGCUGUCAAGUCCAUUCCCUCCAAGUGGACCUGGAGCUACACCGGCUCUAACAUCGUUGCUGAUGUCGCCUACGACCUCUGGCUCGCCCCCUCCGUUGGUGCCAACAACAAGUACGAGAUCAUGAUCUGGCUCGGCGCCCUCGGCGGUGCUGGCCCCAUCUCCAGCACUGGCAAGACCAUCGACACCCCCACCAUUGCCGGCACCAAGUGGUCCCUCUACUCUGGCCCCAACGGUGACACCACUGUCUACUCCUUCGUCGCCCCCAGCCAGAUCAAGAGCUUCAACGGCGAUCUGAACCUCUUCUUCACCUACCUCACCUCCAAGCAGGGCGUUGCCAAGACCAACGUCAUCACCAGCCUCCAGGGCGGUACCGAGCCCUUCUCCGGCACCAACGCCGUCUUCACGACGUCCGCCUACACCCUCACCGUCCAGUAA